AUAAUUGCACAAUCCCAGCUCUUACACGCUUCACUCGUGAUUUUCGCUUCUCUCUCUCUCUCUCUCUCUCUCUCUCUCUCUCUCUCUCUCUCUCUCUCUUGAGGCCCAGAUUUUGUCUGAUCGUCGCCGGGGACAUGGCAUCGGCUUCGCCGGCGAGCAAGGUGGAGAAGGGUCACCAGCUGUACAGGGACGGGAGGUACAGCGAGGCUCUGGUGUUCUACACGGAGGCGCUCGCGGCGGCGAAGGCGAAGCCCCAGAAGAUCGCUCUCCACAGCAACCGCGCUGCUUGUUAUUUGAAAUUGCACGAUUUCAAACAGGCAGCCGUAGAAUGCACAUCAGUGCUUGAGCUCGAUCAGAAGCACAGUGGAGCACUGAUGCUCCGGGCACAGACAUUAGUCACUCUGAAGGAAUACCAUUCUGCUCUUUUUGAUGUUAACCGGCUUAUAGAGUUGAAUCCAGAUUCAGAGGUCUAUCUAAACCUCGAGGCAAGGCUGAGGACACAAUUGUCUCUUGCUCCAAUCCCUGAAUCUGAAGCAGAGUUGGAGGAAGAUGAUGAAGAAAUUGGAACAGCAGUGAGUGAAAAGGAGAGAGACGAAGAAAAGGGCAGUGGAAAAUAUAAAUCGGCGCUCUAUCAAAGGAAAGAUAAGACCUUUGAUUCAAUUGUUUCUUUUAAAAGAGAUGAGAGGACUGGAGAAACACAGACGGAAGUAGCAUCGCCAAAAACACCUGAGAUCAGAGAAUCCACCGAGCGAAUAACAGCAGCUGUAACUGGAAAGGUUGUUCCUAAAGAGCAGAAUGACAAGGGAACUGCCUCUCAAGAAUCCAAGGGAUGGCAAGCCAUCCCGAAACCGAAAGGCCACUCGACUCUGGACUACGCGCGUUGGGACAGAGUUGAAGAUGAUUCCAGUGAAGACGAUGAUGAUGACGAUGAAGAAGAAGAAGAAGAGUGUAGGCCUCAGUACCGGUUUCGUUUGAGAACUGCUGGGGUGCGGCCCGUGAAGUGAAACUAGAAUCUGUAGAUAUGGGUCUGGUCCUGGUUCUUCCUUUGGAAUGCUGCAUAGUUGCACAAAGAAGGUAUGGGAGAAGCUAUGGGAGAUGUAAAAGCAUAUACACACUUGCACAGCAUUGUUACACAUUGAUGGGAGACAAAGGUAUUGAACAAAGGGAGAGGUCUGGUCGUUGUUUUCUCAUCAGCAAAUGGCAUGAGAGGACAUCAUUUUCAAGAGGCGACUUGAGGGAUGAUGAUGAUGGGUCUUUAAGAAAGUUAUAUGUAUGUAUGCAUGUAUCGUUGUUGUACUGAAUGUACGAUGUUUUGGUGCAGAUUCAAGUCUUUUGAAGUCUGAAAGACAAUUAUCUCAUCUGUCAUA